AUGUCGACGCAAGCAGUGGCAACAGAAUUGCAUCCGCAGAGUCAACAACCUAAGCAGAAGCUGUCCCUUCUCCACGGUCCUGUUGACCCUCCUCUUGUUGACCUCACUCUCGGCGAGCUCAUUGAACUACAAACAUAUCAACAUGGAACGAAAGAAUGCAUCGUCAUCCCUUGGACGGGUGCUCGAUGGACCUACAAUGAGUUAAACCAACAAAGCUCGUUGCUGGCGCUGGCAUUGCUUGACAUGGAUAUUGGCGUAGGGGAUCGGGUGGGCAUCAUGGCGGGUAAUUGCGAGCAGUAUGCCGCCGUCUUUUUCGCCGUUGCCAAGAUUGGUGCCAUUCUCGUCAUCCUCAACAACACAUAUACACCCACCGAAGCAAUCUACGGGCUCAAUUUUACAGACUGCAAGGUUUUUUUCACAACCCAGCAAAUCGGGAGAUUGGACAACAGAAGGCUUCUCGAUGCCUUGAAGCUUGAAUUAGGCGGGCCACGCGUCGUCAUUCUUCGAGGCCAAGCUGCAGACUAUCAAACGUACGAUGCCUUGAUCAAGUCAAGUAGCCGCAAAGGCCGAGGCAGGCUUCAUAACGCCAUGAAGCGAGUUCUCGCGCAUCAAGUGGUCAAUCUGCAGUUCACCAGUGGCACUACUGGCUUACCCAAGGCCGCUAUGCUCACUCAUCAUAAUCUCGUCAACAACUCCCGCUUCAUUGGUGACAGAAUGAGGCUCACGUCGAAGGAUAUUCUCUGUUGCCCUCCACCAAUGUUCCAUUGUUUUGGCCUUGUCCUUGGCCUUCUUGCCACUGUCACCCACGGAGGCAAGAUUGUUUAUCCGGCGGAAGUCUUUGAUAUACCCUCCACACUUCAAGCGAUAUCAGAAGAGGCAUGCACAGCCGUACACGGUGUUCCUGCCAUGUUUGACUCAUUAUUCCAAGCCAACUUCCCUCCUGACUUCAACUGUGACAACCUGCGCACGGGUAUCAUCGCCGGAGCCCCUGUGCCGAGGUACCUCAUGGAACUGUUGGUGGACAAGUUUGGAAUGACAGAGUUCACAAGUAGCUAUGGUUUAACCGAGGCUUCUCCCACUUGUUUCAAUGCGUUUACAGAUGAUGCAAUGAGCAUGCGACUAACAACUGUCGGCACCUUGAUGCCACACGCUCUGGCCAAGAUUGUUGAUCGCGACGGCAACAUUGUACCUGUCGGCGCCCGUGGUGAGCUGUGUAUGGCUGGAUAUCAGUUACAAGCUGGGUAUUGGAACAACACGGAAAAGACCAACGAGACAAUGGCGCGAGAUUCGGCAGGUAUUUUGUGGCUGCACACUGGAGACGAGGCUGUCUUUGACGAAAAUGGCUACUGUUCUAUUACCGGCAGGUUCAAAGACAUAAUCAUUCGAGGCGGAGAGAAUAUUUAUCCCCUCGAGAUUGAGGAACGCCUCAUAGCGCAUCCCUCCAUCUCCCGUGCCAUCGUAGUAGGUCUCAAAGAUGAACACUAUGGGGAAGUCGUCGGAUCGUUUGUCGAAAAAUUCGACAACCAGCAGCAGCCGGAAGACCAAGAGUUGCGGGAAUGGGUGCGCCGGACCCUUGGCAAGCACAAAGCACCGGUGCAUAUAUUCUGGCUGGGCCAGGGCGGAAUACCUUCGACAGUGCCCCUAACCGGCAGUGGCAAAGUGCGAAAGUUUGAAAUGGCCAAGUGGGGCAACGAGGUUUUAGCAAAGAGCUUGCAGACUUGCAAGUUGUAG